AUGACUCUUUUGGACGGCGUCUACCCCUUCUACCCGCAGCAGAGCAAGGCUGCUGUGUUCAACAUCAGCACCAUCAUCGUCGUCGUGGUCUUCCUGACCUUGGCCUGCAGCUUCCUGCUCAUCAUCCCGGGCAUCCGCGGGCGGGCGAGGUUGUACUGGACCCUCCGUGUUCUCCUCAGCCUCUUCGUGGGAGUGGUGAUUGUCGUUGUCCAGUUCACAGGGGACUGGGAGACUGGCUGGGUGCAGGCAAACACCUCCUACAAGUCCUUCAGCCAUGCCCAGGUGAACGCGGACAUCGGGCUGCACAUCGGCCUGGCAGGGCUGAACGUCACGCUCAGGGGAAACCCAGUGGAGCAGAUCAACGAGACCAUCAACUACAACGAGCACUUUCCCUGGAGCUUUGGAGCGGAUUAUGAGCGCAGCUACAGCGAGGGGCUGCAGAAGGGGCUGCCCAGCCCCAUCCUCUACGUGGCAGAGAAGUUCAGCAGGCAGAGCCCCUGCGCCGUGCACGGCCAGUACCGCGUCGCCGGCCACUACGCCUCAGCCCUGCUCUGGGUAGCCUUUUGCACGUGGGUCAUCUCCAACAUUCUCUUCUCCAUGCCUGUCCUCAUUUAUGGAGGGUACAUGCUCCUGGUCACAGGGGCCUUCAUGAUCUUCUCGCUGCUCUCCUUUUCCACCGUGAGGAACUCCCCGAUGUGCCUGAUCCAGAUUGGGACCAGGACCCUGCACGUGGCCUAUGGGGGAUCUUUCUGGCUCAUGCUGGCAAUUGGCAUACUCUGUUUUGUGGUUGGGGUCACCAUUGUGGCAAUGCACCAUCUCAGUUUGGACCUGCUGAAAACUUUCUUUGAUCUCCGUGAGGACAAAGCAGAGGAGUACCAGGAGAUGCCUGAGGUGUUCAUCAACUCUCGCUUUGUGAGCAAGGGCCUGUCUCCCUCUCAGCCCCCUGAAACCAUCAGCAUCUAG